GUUCAUCAACAUACCUACUCCAAAGAACACAAAUUGGAAGUACAGAUUUUGAGUUUUGAGUUUUGAUUUUUGAUUUUUGAUUUUUCCAAUUACUUUGUAGUAACUGAUUUGAACAUAAAAAACAAAAAUCAGCAAAACAAACCAAUUGAAAAAGUAUUCUUUGAAGAAAUCCACACUGUAAUCUCUCAAUUUUCGAUUUGGGUUUCAGAAAUGUUUGUUCGUUUUCCAUUUGGGUUUGUGUUAAUUUCUCUUACUUGAUUCAAUUCUGGGUGAAAAAACUGUACUGUUUGAUAUCCGGGGAGAUAAUGGAUACCCAUAUCUGUUCCGGGCGUGGGUCUAAUGGGUUGGGUACACAAUCGGACUAUGGGUUUGCUUUCGACGAUAGUAACUUUUCUGAUCGGGUAUUGAUGAUUGAGGUCGUACCGGACUUGCCGGAACUGAAAACAGAGGAGGAAGGUUUGAGUUUAGUUGUUGAUUGGGCUCGGAAACGGAAGCGUAGGAGAGAAGAAAUCAACAGAAGAGGAAAUGAUGCGGAUGUGGUCGUGCAACGUGAUGAGCAGGUAGUAAAUUGUACUGCUCUAGAAAUGGAAGAUGGUCUUGCUGAUGACGAACGGGAAGAAGAAGCUGUAGUAAUGCUUGAAGAAUCGCCUUCUGGCAUAGUGAUGACUACAAAUCUCUUUGGCGAUGAUGAAGAGUCUGAAAAUGACGAUUCAUCUACGGACAUGGACUCCUCAAACCCCCUUCGUGUGAGAACUUUACAUAUCAGUUCUCCCAUUUUGGCGGCUAAGAGUCGAUUCUUUUACAAGUUGUUCUCAAAUGGUAUGAAAGAGUCGGAGCAACGGAACAUAACUAUACAAAUCCAUGCGUCGGAAGAAGCUGCGCUCAUGGAUCUCUUGAAUUUUAUGUAUAGUAAUACUUUUUCAGCUACAACACCUACUGCUGUGCUUGAUGUGAUGAUGGUUGCUGACAAAUUUGAGGUUGCGUCAUGCAUGAAAUACUGCAGCCACUUACUGCGGAAUCUACGCAUGACGACUGAAUCAGCAUUGCUCUAUUUGGAUCUUCCUUUCAAUAUAUUAGUGGCUGAUGAAGUUCAGCCAUUAACAGAUGCUGCAAAACAGUUUCUUGCUCAACGUUUCAAGGACAUAACCAAGUUCCAAGAAGAUGUAUUGAGUCUACCUCUUUCGGGAAUUGAGGCUGUUUUGUCCAGUGAUAAUCUUCAAAUUGCUUCAGAGGAUGCUGUCUUUGACUUUGUGUUGAAGUGGGCUCGUAUGCAUUACCCAAAACUUGAGGAACGACGGGAAGUAUGGAGCUCACAUCUUCUUCACCUCAUUCGAUUUCCAUGCAUGACAUGCAGGAAGCUGAAGAAAGUCAUGAUGUGCAAUGACUUUGAUCCCAAGCUUGCUUCAAAGCUUGUUUUCGAGGCUCUUUUUUAUAAGGCCGAAGCACCGUAUCGGCAGCGGUCAAUUGCUGCCGAGGCGGGGAAUGCGUUGUACCAUGGUUAUGUGGAGCGGGCAUACAAGUACAGACCUAUUAAAGCUCUUGAGUUUGAAACACCUCGUCAGCAGUGUGUUAUAUACCUAGAUUUGAAAAGAGACGAGUGUGCUAGCCUCUUUCCAGCUGGUAGAGUUUAUUCGCAGGCUUUCCAUUUGGGUGGACAGGGGUUUUUCCUGUCAGCUCAUUGCAACAUGGAUCAUCAAAGUGCAUUCCAUUGCUUCGGGUUGUUUCUGGGCAUGCAAGAGAAGGGGUCAGUGUCAUUUGCAGUUGAUUAUGAGUUUGCAGCUCGUAUCAGUCCAGGUGAGGAAUAUGUGAGCAAGUACAAGGGAGACUACACCUUUACUAGUGGCAAGGCUGUUGGCUACAGGAACCUGUUUGGUGUAGCUUGGACCCCGUUUCUGUCUGAAGAUAGUUUAUUCUUCAUCAAUGGAAUUCUCCAUCUUCGCGCAGAGCUUAGAGUCAGGGUAUAGAAAGCCGUAGUCCUGGGAAUUUUUUACCUUGUAAUGGUAUCUUACUUUCUUACUUAAAGUGCUCCACAUAUGAGCUAGAGUUUUGUGGGCUAUAAUGUUGUUUACCUGUUGCCAUAGUUGCACUGUUGUAAAUUAGUAAAAUCAAACUUGUUGAGUAGUUUCAUAUUUUGAUCUUUUA